GGGACACUUAAAAACUUACACGUCUUGGCAGCUGUGUGAAUCUCCGCUCUCCGGAUCCCUUCCCGCAAGCACUCAUGGCAAGUCAUCUAGAUCAACCUUCCAUCGGUCCGGAGAACCCUCCACCCCAACUGGAAUGUCCUAUGCAGCCCACUGCAGAACAAAGUGACCAUGACAUAGCCUAUCAUCCCUCCCAUAAGCGGAAUGCCUGUACAACCUGUCGGCGGAUGAAGUCCAAAUGUGACAUGGAAAAGCCUACCUGUGGAGCUUGCUCUAAAUAUAACCGAGCAUGCACCUACGAGGCAACGCGGAAGAAAAGUGGUCCAAAGCGAGGAUAUACGGCCGUCCUGGGUUCUCGAUUAGCACAGGUGGAGGCACUGAUUAGUACCCAAAUGCUUGGUAUUGCAGGGAAUCAACCCCCUUCUGCCACUUUUCUGGACGAAUGGGUGGAUGGAGCCGCUGGCACUAAUAUGAACGAUACUGGUUCUCAUCCAAACUCAACGGCAGAAACCGAUUCCUCGCCAUCAAGCGCGACUGACGGGACAUAUCCAGGACCCGCCGUCGCGAUGGAUAUGAUUAGUUUAGGGUUAGAAGAACCUCUCCCAGAUAAAGACGUUAUUGAUGACCUGAACCGGAUCUACUUCGAAGAUGUCCACAUUUAUAUGCAGAUCAUACAUCAUCAGAGGCACCUGGCUGCGUUGAGCAAUGCCGCUCAUGCCCAGCCCCCAAUUUGUCUUCAAUACAUGAUCUGGUGCCAUGCAGCCCUAGUCAGCGAAAAAUACAAUCCCCUACAUCCAGCAUUCUACGAAAGAGCCCGCAAGUACGCCGAGGCGGAUGAGAUGAAAGGCUAUGGCGCAGGGAUCCUCUCAUUAUCACAUGCUCAAACAUGGCUCCUUAUCACUGUGUACGAGUACAAGAUGAUGUUCUUUCCGAGGGCUUGGUUAAGCUGUGGAAAGGCAUCUAGGCUCGCGAUUAUGCUAGGGCUGCAUCAGCUAGACAGCCCGAAUCCCCAGGCAAAACAGUGCUUCAUGCCUUCUACGGAUUGGGUGGAGAAGGAAGAGCGACGGAGGGUCUUUUGGAUGACAUUUUGUAUUGAUAAAUUUGCCACCAUUGGAACAGGCUGGCCUGUCGGGGUCGACGAGGCAGAAGUCAUGACAAAUCUCCCUGCUAGUGAGGAAGCCUUUAUUACAGGCCAGUCGGAGCCAACGGCAUGUCUUAGUGAUGUUUUAAAGGGAGAGGGACUCGCAACAUUGUCCCCUUCGGCAAGUGUCGGCUUCGUGUCGUGCAUCUUCGGCCGAAUUACAAACCAUCUUCGCCUCCCUCACUCGCAGAACGACGAUAGUUAUAGUACUGGAGGCUUUUGGCAGCGGCACAGGUCUUGCGACGAGAUUCUGCUCAAUUUUGCUCUGUCAAUGCCAAAUCAUCUCCGUCUUCCCAAUGGGAUGGGCGAUCCCAAUAUCAUUUUCUGUAACAUUGCUCUUCAAACGGCCGUUAUAUGCCUUCAUCAAGCUGCGAUCUACAGAGCGGAGUGGAACAACAUAUCAGAGUUUCCGAUUGUUGAAAGCAAGCUAAGGUGCAGUGCUGCUGCUCAGCAAAUUCUGGAGAUUAUAAAGAUGGUUGGUCCUAUAAGCAUGAGCAAGGUGAAUCCUUUUGUGUCAUUCUGUGUCUAUGUGGCAGCACGCGUGUACAUUCAGCAUCUCAAGCUUCAUCCUGAUGAUACAGAAGCCCACUCUGCUUUCCAGUUCUUCCGUUCGGUUAUUAAUACCCUCAAAGCUACAAAUCCCCUAGCUGAAUCCUUCCUCUUCCAGUUGGAUGUUGACAGUGAAGGAAGGUCUUUCGAAGGCCUUCGGCUACCGACAAACAAUUUCCCCAUUUCGAUGCUUUCUCCUAGCAACCUAUAGCAAGACUGGAUUUGGUUAUACAAUGAUCCCUUUCUCCUUGGAACUUAUAUAUAAUCUACACAUUCAAUUGAUCCCUGCUUUGUAUCGUGUUGCGUUCACGUAAGUAGUCAUUCAUCUUUGUACCCUAAGUAGCC